AUGGCGCACAUACGCCACAUAAGGCUCGUGGUUAGGCCACUUGUGGAGAAUCUCAACGUGCAUGACAUCGAUUUGGCGCUGAAGAAAUGCAAUGCAACUGGGCUGGUGGAAAACGAGGAAUACGAUAUCGGAGCUCGCUUAACAACCAAUGGCAGUGUCAAUGGUGGUUGUGUUGAUAGCGAAGGCAGCGUUGGAAACCCCGUUGCUGACUCAGCACGCCAUGAAUGCAGAAGCGUGGCAACAGACGAUACAACACCGGCAAAAUUACACCGCGAAACUAUGGUAUGGACAAACCAUGAUGGCAUGACGCAGGUUAAGUUUCGUUCUGAUCGGGCGCAAUUCGAACUGACGGGGACGGACGUGCAGAUGGUGGACGAAUACACCAUUGUGGCGUUGUACGGUUCCAUGGAGCGAGGAUGUAAGGACGUAUUAAAGCAACACUUCGUUUCGCAUGAGAGCACCAUAGAAGCCCUAAUGGGACUCACAGGUUCAUUCAGCAUCGUAUAUGUGUCUUUCAGAAGCAAUGCAAUUUACGUAUUCAAGGACGAGAUCGGCACCAGGUCUCUGCUAUGGGGGCACCACGGUGGAGUGAUCACGAUAACAGAUGUGGCCCUCGGAACGCACGCAGAAUGGUAUGAAAUACCGCCGGAAUUUAUGAUAACCAUACGAGAUGGAAUAAAAGUGGUCAAUAGAGGGCAAACAAUGCUGCGGAAACUGUGCAACCAAACCAAGAUCGCAUAUUCUAGACUGACAAUCGCUGAUGUUAACAACGCGAUACAGCUUGUAUACGACGGUAUCUCCCGGGCUGUAACGGAGCUAUGCAACAGCAGGACUGUCCGUGAUCGUGUAACUAUUCUCUUCUCGGGCGGGCUCGACUCGAGCUUAUUGGCCUGCAUGGUGGCCCAACACGUAAAAGAUAUCGAAUGCAUAGAACUUGUUAAUGUAGCUUUCAAACCCAAAGUGGCUCCGGAUAGAAUCACAGCCAUAUGUACGUUCGAGGACCUGACAAGAAUCUACCCGGAGGUGAACUUCAAGCUAAUCCUCGUCGACGUGGAAACCGAAGAGUACAAAAAAGUUGAACCAGAACUAAUGAAAAGAAUUAUGCCAAACAACACCCACAUGGAUUUAAACAUCGCAGCUGCGCUGUACUAUGCAGUGGCACUCAGAGGAACUGUCAUGCGGCCGCAACUCAUCCACACGCAAGAGUGGCAGGAGAUUAAGCAGAAUAUUGCCCUGAUGAAAUCCAUUAAUCUCAGGGUCACAAUUUCAAAAGGUUAUGAGUCGAAAACAAGCAACGAAGAGCUAGAUUGUGGUCAAGCUGAACAACAUGAUAACGAGAACUCAACGGAGAAUGCCAGGAAGCACGACCGCCAAGCCAAAUCCGCAUCUGACGAAUGCGAUGUUGUGGACGUACUAUGGGAACAACUCGUCAAGCUUCAUGAUAACGUCAAUACGGGAGUCGAAGAGUACACGUCACCCUCAAAACAUGUGAUCAUUGGAAGUGGUGCUGACGAACUGUUUGGAGGUUAUGGUAGGCACGCUGUCGCACCGCAAACAGGAGACGUUUCUUUUCCAAACGAGGUCAACAAGGAUAUACGUAGGCUCUGGAAACGCAACCUGGGAAGGGACGAUCGUGUGGUCAACGCCCAGGGAGUCACGGCUCUCUAUCCGUUUUUGCAGCCAGCGGUCAUCCAAGUGCUUACAGAUCUCACACUCAACGCUGCUACUGUUGUAGAUGCGUUAGAAUGCCCAGAAUGGGCAAAAAGUCUAGGGGUGUAUCAGUCCUUGCAGUACAGUACCUUCAAGAAUUGCGAAUUCCUAGAUGAUCGCCGCAACAGAGAAGUCGCAAUAUACAUCAACAAGUGGAUAUUGCGUGAAAUUGCAGUGCGGAUUGGACUCAAGCACUGCGUACAUUUCAAAAAAAGGGCUAUACAGUUCGGCACGAGAAGUGCGAAGACGUUCAACAGGCUGCGAGGGAUGUCAAACAGGGUUGCAAGCGACAAAGGUGCAGCCAAAAUCAACAACAACGAUCUGUGA